UGCUCCAGCGCGCUCCCACGAAGAUUUUGUACCGCCAGUUAAUCUUAUUAUCUCCAUUACCUAGAUAUAGGACUCGACCAUAGCAACCCUAGAACCUUUUCGUUUUCGCCGCAAGCUUCUCGUCAGAUCCGCUUCGAAAAUACUCCGCGUGCCUACUAAUUUCACUAACAGGAGUGCGAUAUUUGAUUCCUUGCUAGUAUUUUCCGCCUCAAUCUGCGCCUCGUGUGAUCCAUCCAUGUAAGGACGGUCCAAUUUCACCAUCUAGGCAGUUGCUCUUGAAUCAGGCUGAAAAAUGAUGGGUUCACGAGGUACCAGUGCUGUGCUCUCGAGAGCUGCACGGAUGAGGCAAAAGCUGCAGUCUUCUUUGGAGGCGAGUGCACUAGACAUCGAAGAUGUUUCUUACCAACAUGCUGGGCAUGCGGCUGUCAAGGACAAUGCAAAUGAGACGCAUUUUAACAUCAAGGUAAUUUCGCCGAAGUUUGAAGGGCAGAGCCUUGUGAAGCGUCAUAGGAUGGUGUAUGAUCUCUUGACCGAUGAGUUGAACUCGGGUCUUCAUGCUAUCUCCAUUGUUGCGAAAACUCCAACGGAGUCGGGAUCAUGAAUGUAAUUUCUUACAACUCGAUUAAUGUUUGUUCCAGAAUAAGUUGAUUGCAGCAGCAGCAUGUAGCCAUGAAUCGGAUGGUUAAACAAUGUUAUGGCAUGCAUAUUUCUUCAUGAUAAAGACAUUGUUGCCUUGGUUCAA